AUGUCAGUACAAAAAAGCACGAAGGUAUUCAAUAAUAAUACCAAAGACUUCAAGAAACAUACCCAACUGCGCAACGGAAAACUUUUAGAACAAACAGAUGACCAUAUUCAAAACGUUAACAGAAGAAAGAGAGAUCUCAAACUGAGCCAGAUAUUAAAUUGCACAGAUUCCGACUCCGAGGUGACCAAAAAUUUUGACGGUAAAGACUCAAAAGAAGAAUCUCCCUGGUAUGAUAACUCCAGUAGCGAUUUUCUUAAAAGUGUGGACACAAAAGCCUAUCGUCAAUAUGACCUUGCUUGUGAGAGAGUAAAAGAUUUUUAUAAAGAGCAACACGAAAACCAGACAGUAGCUUACAACUUGCAAGCAAGGAUUAAUUUCAAGACCAAGAAAAGGGACGUAAUGACAGUAUGGGAUGCUUUAGUGAAGCUUAAUGUGCUGCUAGACGAAAGCGAUCCCGACACAGAGCUGUCACAAAUUGACCAUGCAAUUCAAACAGCAGAAGCAAUCAGGAGAGACUGCAAACCACGUUGGUUUCAAUUAGUAGGACUGAUCCACGAUCUUGGAAAACUGUUAUACUUUUACGACUCUAAAGGACAGUGGGAUGUUGUAGGCGAUACAUUUCCCGUUGGAUGCAGAUUUUCCAAAAGAAUCAUAUUUUUUGAGUUUUUCAAGAACAAUCCUGAUAAUGACAAUCCACUGUACAAUAAAAAAUAUGGCAUUUACUCUCCUCAUUGUGGACUAGAAGAUGUCAUGCUCUCCUGGGGGCACGACGAAUACAUAUACCAUAUCGCUAAGGGCCAAUCUAAGCUACCUCCAGAAGGCCUCGCAAUGUUAAGGUACCACUCGUUUUAUCCUUGGCACCAAGAUGGUGGUUAUAGGUAUUUGAUGAAUGAAAACGAUGCACAAAUGUUACAGGCGGUCAAGGCAUUUAAUCCAUAUGAUCUUUACUCGAAAACUGAUAUAACUUACGAUAUUGAGGAGCUCAAGCCAUAUUACCUAGAACUGAUAGACGAGUUCUUCCCUCAAAAGCUGGUAAAGUUUUGA